AAUUAAAAAAAAAAAAAAUUAUUUUCCUGCGAUCCAAAUAUUGCAUGAAUCUCAACUAUAUCUUGACCUGCUUGGAGACGUAAAGUAACAGUUAGAGGAGUCAUGUGAUUUUUCAAAACUCUUUUGAUUAAGCCAUCAGAAUUGAUUUUCUCAACUAUAUCUUGACCUGCUUGGUUCUUGUUAUUAAAAUCUCCAUAGAAAAUUCAACUUUCACUUCAUCCUCAAUUUCACUACGCUAUUCUACAAAAAAAAAUUUAAUACUUUAAAUCCAUAUUUAAUAUCCCUCACUCUCACAUACUUGGAUUCCAUCUUUUCAUUCGCACCAUAUUUAUUCAUCUUUGUAAUUUCAUAGAUUUUACAAUAAUCGAUUAUAACUUCGAAGAAAUAUUUACAUUAAUUAUAUUUUUUUCGAAUAAUAUUUAUGUUCUCGUCGUUGUUUUUGUAAAAUCUCUCCGGUGUCUGUUUGAUCUAUCUCUCGCUGUGUCGUUUGGUCCGAUUCGAAAUCUGUUUAGUGUCGUUUAGUUUCUCGAUAGUUCACUACUGAGAAAAAGAGAAACCGAGCGCGUCUCAACUUUCAGUCCUGGAAAAUUGAACCAGAAACCAAACAGCUUAUAGCUCCCCGCAGCGAGGGUUUGAUUUAGGGUUUUUUUCCCUCUGCAAAUGAUGCACGAAUCGAGGCUCUCCUCAGUUUCAGAUUAGACAUUUUCUUAACCUCAGUUUUAGUGAGGAUUUUUUUCGGCUUAGUGAAACUGUAGUUAGCAGAGCAAUCUAGCUAUGAAAAUAUAUACACUGAAAAUAGCGUAACCAAGAAUGCCGAGCAUCCCUUUAGUGGCUCGUGAAACUUCAUCCUAUACAAGAAGCACGGAUCAGAUGUGCUGUGAAGAUGAUUCUCUGCAUUUGUCUGCAGAAGAGGAAAUUGCUGCUGAAGAGAGUCUUUCCAUAUAUUGCAAGCCCGUGGAACUCUACAACAUCCUCCAGCGUCGCGCUUUAAGAAAUCCAUCAUUUCUACAAAGAUGUUUGAAUUACAAAAUACAAGCGAAGCACAAAAAGAGAAUACAAGUGACAAUUUCUCCCUUUAUGACUGCAAAUGGAAGUUCACCAUGUAGUUUGUUUCCUUUGUACAUUUUAUUGGCUAGAGCAUUUUCUGACAUUGGGGUUGCAGAGUAUUCUGCAGUAUAUCGCUUUCGUCGAGCUUGUGUUUUGACCAAAUUCUCCGGAGCUGAUGGAAGUACCCCAGCUCAGGCAAAUUUUGUUUUCCCCGAGAUUAACAAGUUAGCAUUGGAUGCCAAAUCUGGUUCACUUGCUUUCUUGUUUGUUAGCUUUGCUGGAGCCCAAAGUCCUGUGCAUAGCAUUCAUUUGAGCAAAGGUCAUUUGGCAAAUUUUGGAGGAUGCUGCCUGUUAGGCACAAUACCACUGGAAUCACUCUAUAUGUCAUGGGAGAACUCUUCAAACUUGAGUUUAGGACAAAGGGGGGAGGUGAUAUCUCAGGUUGACAUGAAAUCAUGCUUCUUAAAGUUAAGUUGUUUCAAUGAUGACAAAUGCCUUUCAAUUCAAUUUCCAUAUAGUUCAGAAACUGUGAAUAUAUCACAACACAUUCAAGUCAAUAUUUCUGUAGAAGAGGUUGGGGCUAAGGAAAAAUCUCCAUAUCAUUCGUACACAUGUGGUGACAUGUCAUCUUCAUCAUUAUCUCAUAUUACUCGUAUUAUUCGGCUGAGGGCUGGAAAUGUCAUCUUCAACUAUAGGUAUUACAAUAAUAAGUUGCAAAAGACUGAAGUAACUGAAAAUUUUUCAUGCCCAUUCUGCUUGGUUAAAUGUGCAAGUUUUAAGGGUCUAAGAUAUCAUUUGCCUUCAUCACAUGAUCUCUUCAACUUUGAAUUUUGGGUAACUGAAGAGUUUCAAGCUGUAAAUAUAUCGGUGAAGACAGAUAUCUGGAGAUCUGAGAUUGUUGCUCAUGGUGUUGAUCCAAAACAACAAACAUUUUUCUUUUGCUCAAAGAAGCCAAAGCACAAAAUACACAAGAAGCUUGUUCAAAAUGCUAGGCAUGUACAUCCAUUCACCCUUGAAUCGAACAUGCGUCUGAGGGCCUCUUGUAUCCUCGAUAAGACUGAUGGCAGGAAGGAUUUCCCUAAUGCCAACAUUGGUGCUGUAGCAGGUACAGAACAUGUUCCUUGCAGCUUUGAUGAUGUUGGGGCUUCGGGAUCUGCAAUUCAAGCAUAUCCUGAUCCUGAUUGUGUUCAUUCGGCAUCUGGGAACAAUUUUUCACCCCCUGCCAUGUUGCAAUUUGCGAAGACAAGAAAAUUAUCUAUUGAACGGUCUGACCUGAGAAACCGCACCCUUCUUCACAAACGACAGUUCUUCCACUCACAUAGAGCCCAGCCAAUGACAAUUGAGCAAGUACUGUCAGAUCGGGAUAGUGAGGAUGAAGUCGAUGAUGAUGUUGCAGAUUUUGAAGAUAGAAGGAUGCUUGAUGAUUUUGUGGAUGUUACUAAAGACGAAAAGCAAAUGAUGCACUUAUGGAACUCCUUUGUGAGGAAGCAGCGAGUGUUGGCAGAUGGUCAUAUACCUUGGGCAUGUGAGGCAUUCUCGAGAUUACACGGGCAUGAUCUUGCCCGAGCCCCAGCGCUACUCUGAAUAAUUGCAUCCCUUAAACAGUAGCUCACUCUUGCAAACUGUAGAACCAUAUUCGCUUGCCGUUAUUGCACAGUUGGACUGUCAAGUUGAUGCACAUAUACAGGAAUGAAUGUUGAUUUUAAUGCUUGUUGCCAGCCCUUUCUCACCGCUGCUCAGCUCUAUUUCCUUCUUCUCUUUUAUAUGUUUGAUGUAUUUUAAUUUCUCCUAUUGAUUUUGCUUUCUUCUUGUUUAAUUUCCUGCUCAUCCAGCCCUAUAGUUAGAUCAACUACUCCUCUCCAGCUUCGUUAAUCCUCAUUUAGAUUAUUGCAAUCUUAUUGUUUGUGUCUGUAUCAAGUUGUGAAGAAAUUCACGCUCAAAAUCAAGAUCCCUAUCCCCCAUCUCGAUCAGUGUCUGUUUAUAUCAUAUUCUGCGUCUUUCAAAACCCCUUUGAAGAGUAGAUACACGUCUUAUCAACUCUAGAGGCUUUUACAUGCGCAUGCAAUUUGUACAAUCAACUCGUCCCUUGACCUUAUAAUAAGUUAAGAUUAAGAAAAAAGUUGACAGGUCGGUACCAAUGACUACAAUUAUUAUACGAGUUCGGUGAUUAUGCUUUUCCCUAAAAAUAUAUAAUUCAAAAAAUAUGUUGGAAUCAGUAGUAAAUUUCUAUUUUACCCACCUGGUAAAUAACUAAGAAUUGCAGACAAAAUAAAUGAUCAAUUUUACAAAUGAUCAUAAUUUAAGUCGAAUAAAAAAAGAAGAGCCUAUCGAGGGGGAGAGAAUAAUCCGGCAAAAAAUCGGUCUAUCUAAUACGACGAGGGCCAAAUCUGAACGCGUCUCGGAGCUCCAAGUCCCGAUGAAUGAUUCAUUAUAUGCGAUAAAGGGAAAUUUCUAGUGCCCGCAAGGAAAUUUCUUGAUUCUUGCAUGUACCUGUUCUCGCAUGUUUAAGACUAAACAAUCUCUCAAAUUUAAUAGAACUUUAUUCUAAAAACAUUAAAAAAAAACUAUCUUGAUCUGUACUAAAUAAUAAUGUUACCUUGCAAAUUUAAUAAGUAAUUGAACGUAUAAAAAUCCAAUACGGAUAAGAAUUAGCCUCUCGACCCCGAUAAGAUUUGACAACUUAAUUUGAUAUAGAAGAGACUAGAGCCGCUGAAGUAUAAAAGAAAACACAAGACGUCAUUUGUAGACGCCGCUGUCCUAUACUUAAAAAGGACACAGGACUAUUAGGACUAGGAAAAGUUAUUACACACAUGAUCCUAUAUUAAGAUCACUGUACCCUAGUGACAGGUGACUCUACCCAACUUUAAUUAAAAACUGAUCCUUCUGGGGCGAGAUAUUGAUCAUAUGUAAUACCCAAAUCAAUAGACUAUUACUACACAAAUCCAAGAAAUAAAAGACUUCAUUACAGAGACUCCAGACAAUAAAACAAAUAAAUUAUUUUAAAGCACAUACACAAAAAAAGGAAAAAAAAAAAAGCAACCCAAA